AUGGAAUCAAAAGAAUCAGCUCAGUGGAGCUCGAUUGUAGUUCCUUCUGUUCAGGAGAUGGUUAAGGAGAAGAUGGUCACGACCGUUCCUCCCAGGUAUGUUCGGCCUGAUCAAGACAAGACUGAAGUCACCGAUCGUUCUGGUCUAAAUACCGAGAUCCCAAUCAUUGACAUGAAGCGGUUAUGUUCCUCAACAACCAUGGACUCUGAGGUUGAGAAGCUCGACUUUGCUUGCAAGGAAUGGGGAUUUUUCCAGCUUGUAAACCAUGGAAUAGACCCAAGUUUCUUGGACAAAAUAAAGUUGGAGAUUCAAGGUUUCUUCAAUCUUCCCAUGGAAGAAAAGAAGAAGUUCUGGCAGCAACCAAAUGAGAUCGAAGGUUUCGGACAAGCUUUUGUGGUUUCAGAAGAUCAGAAGCUCGAUUGGGCAGAUAUGUUCUACCAUAUUGUGCAACCUAUUGAAGCACGCAAGCCUCACUUGUUCCCCAAGCUACCUCUUCCUUUUAGAGACACACUGGAGACGUAUUCGACUGAAGUGCAGAGCAUAGCUAAGAUCUUAAUAGCAAAAAUGGCAAGAGCCCUAGAGGUCAAACCAGAGGAAAUGUUAAAGUUGUUUGAUGAUGUUGAUUCGGUCCAGAUGAUGAGGAUGAACUACUACCCACCGUGUCCACAACCUGAUAAGGUUAUCGGACUAUCUCCUCAUUCAGAUUCAGUCGGACUCACCAUACUGUUGCAGGUUAAUGAAGUUGAAGGUCUCCAAAUCAAGAAAGAUGGGAAAUGGGUUCCUGUUAAACCUCUCCCAAAUGCUUUCAUUGUCAACAUAGGAGACGUCAUAGAGAUCAUAACAAAUGGGACAUAUAGAAGCAUCGAGCAUCGAGGAGUUGUGAACUCAGAGAAAGAGAGGCUCUCUAUUGCGACGUUUCACAACCCUGGACUGUAUAAAGAAGUUGGUCCAGCACAAAGCCUCGUUGAAAGGCAGAAGGUUAGAAAAUUCAAAAGUCUGACCAUGAAAGAGUAUAUGGAUGGCUUGUUCUCUCGUACACUCGACGGAAAAGCUUAUCUCGAUGCUUUGAAAAUAUAAAAGAAGUAAUGCCUUCGUCCUAAGAAACUCUAUCAUAUGUCUACUUUGUGUUCUCUUCUGUUUUCUUGAUUGCUGCAGUAAAAAAGUCUAUAUGAACUUGUAAUAAGAAUGCUUCUACGUAUUGCUAUAAUAAGAUGAUUGUACGUUUCCGUUUCUUAA